CCUUUUUUAUUAUUUUUUUCCACUAUUUGAAGGUGCUUUUAUAUAAUUGCAGCUAAAUCCUGUUAAGAUUUAUCAUGUAAAUCUGGUGUAGUUUAUUAGAUUUUGAUUACUUCUUGACCUCUGACAUUUUCACAUUUAACAUUCCAGCAAAGCUCACAAACAUGAUCAAAUGAAUGGCCUAUUAUCAUCCGAGUCUUUAAUCUAUUAAUUAUGUACUUAGAGUUUCAAGUACUAAAACACCAACCGACUUCAGUCAAAAAUUAGACAGAAGUAAGUGACAUCCAUCUUUUGAUCCGCAAACUACAGCAUAUCACUCUCGUUCGCAACAAGACCUGCCAUCCAGUCUUCAAAACAAACGAUGCGAACAGACUGGGCUGAGCGAGAAAACUAUUUUAAAUACAUGAUCGGUCAACUCUAAAACUCGUAGAUGGGACUAGAUGAGUUCUUUUUAUCCUUUCUUGCCGUGCCGACUCCCCCUACCUCCUCCUCCGCUUGCAGAAUUGUAUAAAGAACAAAAAUCGUGCUGGGGAGGGGGUUGAUACGGCGAAGCUGAAAUCGAGAGGCGAACCCAGGAAAGAGGAGUAUUUUGUACACGGGACUUUCCCCCCCUUCGUCCCUAAAAAGGAGGGGGAAAAGUCAUAUUUUUAAAAUCGAGAAUUACAGAUAGGUUCAGGCGCCUACCUCUGAGGAAAUAUAUUUGAAUUAGUUAAAAAUAUGGCCGAGAACGUUCUGGACUCUGGCCCGCCUUCAGCCAAGAGGCCUAAACUGUCCUCCCCGGCACGAUCAGCCAGCGAUGGAAACGACUUCAGCUCGCUUUUUGACCUGGAGCAUGAUCUCCCAGAUGAGCUAAUCAAUUCCUCAGAGCUGAGCCUGGCAAAUGGAGGGGACCUCAGCCAGCUGCACACCAACUUCGGUAGUGGGGGUGGGGCCAUCGGAGGAGUUGUGUCCAGUGGCCAGGAUGCAGCAGCCAAGCACAAGCAGCUCUCAGAACUUCUCCGGCAUGGAUCCACACCUGCAGCACAGCAGCAGGGAACAAUGGGCAGUCCAGUGGGAGCCUCGAUGGGGCUGUUCGGGAAUAUGAAGGCUUCUCCAGGUCCCCAGGGCAUGGGCCAACAAGGACAACAACAUCUUUCUCCUCAACAGGCCACCCUUAUGCAGCAACAGCAGCAGAUGGCUGGGAUGGUGGGCAUGAACAGGAAUAUGCUCGGACAUCAGAAAGGCAAUGGACAGCAGCAGGCAGUAGGGCCCACUCCACAGCAGCAAAACAUGCUGGGAGGACAGAUGAUGAAUGGCUCGCCUAGAAUGGGACAUCACAAUCCGGGCAUGGGCAGUAACAGCAACCUGUUAGCAGAGGCUCUUCAGCAGCAGCAGCAGACAGCAGGAGGCCAGGGGGGACUGAGGGCACAGCCGCCUGGAACAAUGAACAAGAUGGGGAUGAAUGCUGGUUCAGGCCCCUAUGGAGGCCCAUAUGGUCAGCCUGCCAGUCAGAGUAUGGGUGUUGCAGGGCUGGCCCCUUUGCUCCAGAACAAACCAGGUCUGCCCAACAGUCCGGCCCAGUUUAACCUCAACAAGAAACCUCAGCCUAUGCAAGGCAUACCUGGCAUGCAGGCUUCUCAGCCUUCCCCAGCCGGUGCUGCCGGAGGUGCGGGAACGGACGGCAUGGUACCCAACACCCAAGGAAGUCUUGGCCCUGGAUCAGCCACCUCAGUCGUGACUGCAGCAGGAGUGGGAGGUGUACCUCCAGCGGCCGACCCAGAAAAGCGCAAACUUAUACAGCAGCAGCUGGUGCUUUUGCUCCAUGCCCACAAAUGCCAGAGGCGGGAGCAGGCCAAUGGGGAAGUACGGCAGUGCAACCUGCCCCACUGUCGAACCAUGAAGAAUGUUCUCAAUCACAUGACGCACUGCCAGGCUGGCAAGUCUUGCCAAGUGGCGCACUGUGCCUCAUCCAGACAGAUAAUCUCUCACUGGAAGAACUGCACACGGCACGACUGCCCUGUAUGUCUACCUUUGAAAAAUGCAGGAGACAAGAGGAAUCAGCAGUGUGAGUCUCUCUUGAGUUCUGCAGGUGUGGGGUUAAGUACGUCUUUGGGUAAUGUGACUGGUGGCCCACCUAGUGCCCCCAAUCUCAACACCCCAGGGCAGAUAGAUCCCAGCUCCAUCGAAAGGGCUUAUGCGGCCCUUGGCCUCACUUACCAGGGAAACCAGGCACCCCCUCAACCUGUCCAACAGACACCACGGGCACUAAGCACUAUGGGAGCAAAUCCUAUGGGUGUAAAUGGGGCAGUGGGUGGUCAGUCUCAGAAUCAGCAAUCUAAUCUUCUCCAGGAUACAAUGAUGCAUCUGAACAUGAACUCACCAGGCCUGAUGAAUGACAGCAAUGCUGUGGGUGGUGUAGGGUCUAUGCCUUUGGCCAGUCCUGCUGCCAGUGGUGGUAUGAGGAAGAGCUGGCAUGAGGACAUCACUCAGGACCUACGCAACCACCUGGUGCACAAACUAGUCCAGGCAAUUUUUCCAACUCCAGACCCAGCUGCAUUGAAGGAUCGGCGCAUGGAGAAUCUAGUGGCCUAUGCACGUAAAGUGGAGGGGGACAUGUAUGAGUCCGCUAACAGCAGGGCGGAGUAUUACCACCUGCUGGCAGAAAAGAUCUAUAAGAUCCAGAAGGAACUGGAAGAGAAGCGAAGGACACGGUUACAGAAGCAGGGUAUGAUGCCCACUCAGCCCGGCAUGUCCCCCACUGGCCUGCAGCAAGGGCCGCCCACAGGACUGCCACCUAAUGGUCCUCUCUCAGACCCUUCAAUGGUGCAGCCUUCUGGACCAAACCAGAUGAUGAACAGGUUGCAGAAUGCUGCUGGAAUGAGUCAAUUUAACCAUAUGGGAAUGCAGUCCAUGGGCCAGAGAUCUACACCACCUCUACCACUCAGCUCACCUCUAAACCAGGCGAGCAUGGGCACUGGCAGGAUGCCACAAGCGAAUGUUGCACAGAUGCAAAAUCAGUACAUGCAAUCUGGACAGUUUCCAGUUUCAGGGCCUAUUCUUGGUGCUGGGCCUGGUGACAUGCCACACCCAGGAAAUGAGGGUGGUAUCACACAACAGGGGCAAAUGCCUUUGUCAUCUCUGCCAGUCGGCAGUCCUUUAAUCCAGCCUGGGUCUGCUGGAGGGGCAGGCAGUGGGCCCUCUUUGGGCUCUCUGGGUCCAAAUAGCAUCCCUCCAUCCACCUCAGCGCAGUCCAUCAACCUCCCGCACUGUCCGCCUGUUCGCCAGAAUUCUCCUUCCCCAUCACGUAGCCGCACACCUACACCGCACCUCACACCGCCUUCAGGCUUGUCGGGCUCACAGACGCCCCAGCCUCACACCCCAGGCCUGCCCCAGUUAGCCACGACUGGCAGUCAGCAGCAGUUACCUCUGUCAGCCACUUCUGACAAUGCCAUGCAGCCGUUAGGAGGAACUCCUCCCACUGUGCCUCAGUGUGGCCUUUCUACGCCAAACACAGGCCAGCAUCCACGCACUCCUUUGUCUCAUAAGGGCUCUCUGCCAGUGGACAGCCAGGCUACUACCCCUGCUUCCGUCAGCAGUGCAGAUGCCUCGUUUCAGCAGGGCCCCGCAGACUCCAAAGCUGCCUUUGAGAUAAAGGUGGAAGUCAAGCAGAAAGAGGAGGAAGAGGAGGAUGAAGAGACCAUGGUAGGAGGACGAACUGGAAAGCAGGAAGACAUUAAAACUGAUGAAAAACCUGAGAUAAAGAAAGAGGAGCCUUUCAGUGAUGACUGUAAAGGUGUGCCAAUGGAGACAUUGUCCGCAGAAGCAGGAGAGGACAAAAAGCCAGAGAUAAAGACUGAGCCUAAAGAAGAGGAGGAGGGUUCAGUUACCCACAGCUCACCUUCUGGAGUCCCUAACAAGAAGAAAACAGUUUUUAAACCAGAGGAGCUGAGGCAGGCCCUGAUGCCCACACUGGAGUCCCUUUACCGCCAGGACCCUGAGUCUCUGCCCUUCCGCCAGCCUGUGGACCCUUCGCUGCUGGGAAUACCAGACUAUUUUGACAUUGUGAAGAACCCAAUGGACCUGUCCACAAUCAAACGAAAACUUGACACGGGCCAGUACCAAGAGCCGUGGCAGUAUGUGGAUGACAUCUGGCUCAUGUUCAACAAUGCCUGGCUCUACAACCGCAAGACAUCGCGAGUCUACAAGUAUUGCUCCAAACUAGCUGAGGUGUUUGAGCAGGAGAUUGACCCGGUCAUGCAAAGCCUCGGCUACUGUUGUGGGAGAAAGCUUGAGUUCUCACCCCAAACUCUGUGCUGCUAUGGGAAGCAGCUAUGCACUAUACCCCGAGAUGCUGCUUACUUUAGUUAUCAGAACAGGUACCACUUCUGCGAGAAAUGUUUCAAUGAGAUCCAGGGUGAGAGUGUGUCCUUGGGAGAUGACCCAUCCCAACCUCAGACAUCAAUCAGCAAGGAUCAGUUUGAAAAGAAGAAAAAUGACACACUCGACCCUGAGCUAUUUGUGGAAUGUAUGGAUUGUGAUCGUAAGAUGCAUCAGAUCUGUGUUUUGCACAAUGACACUAUCUGGCCAUCUGGCUUUGUGUGUGAUGGCUGCUUGAAGAAAUCCAACAAGACCCGGAAAGAGAAUAAAUAUGCUGCUAAAAGGCUUCCACAGACCAAACUAGGCAACUACUUGGAAGGACGGGUUAAUGACUAUCUGAAACGACAGAAUCACCCAGAGUCUGGUGAAGUCUUUAUUCGUGUUGUACAUGUCUCAGACAAAGUGGUGGAAGUCAAACCAGGCAUGAAGUCCAGGUUUGUUGAUAGUGGAGAGAUGGCAGAGUCUUUCCCAUACAGAACGAAAGCUUUAUUUGCCUUUGAGGAUGUUGAUGGUGUUGAUGUCUGUUUCUUCGGGAUGCACGUGCAAGAGUAUGGCUCAGACUGUCCACCGCCUAAUCAAAGACGGGUUUACAUAUCCUACCUUGACAGUGUCCACUUCUUUCAGCCACGCUGUUUGAGAACAGGAGUGUACCAUGAGAUUCUUAUAGGGUACAUGGAGUAUGCCAAAAAACAAGGGUUCACCACAGGACACAUCUGGGCCUGCCCUCCUAGUGAAGGAGAUGAUUAUAUCUUCCACUGUCACCCUGCAGAUCAGAAGAUACCAAAGCCCAAGCGGCUGCAGGAGUGGUACAAGAAGAUGCUGGAUAAAGCCGUAGCAGAGCGUAUUGUGCAUGACUACAAGGACAUCUUCAAACAAGCAACAGAGGAUCGUCUUACCAGCGCUAAAGAACUGCCCUAUUUUGAGGGUGAUUUUUGGCCUAAUGUGCUUGAAGAGAGUAUCAAAGAGCUGGAGCAGGAGGAGGAGGAAAGAAAGAGGGAGGAAAACAGCACGUCCAAUGAGAGUGUUGAUACAACAAAAGGUGAUAGCAAAAAUGCCAAGAAAAAGAACAAUAAAAAAACGAGUAAGAACAAGAGCAGUCUAAGUCGAGCCAACAAAAAGAAGCCAGGGAUGCCAAAUGUGUCCAAUGACCUUUCACAGAAACUGUACGCCACUAUGGAAAAGCACAAAGAGGUGUUCUUUGUUAUCCGGUUGAUCGCUGGGCCCAAUUCCAAUUCCCUUCCACCCAUUGUUGACCUGGAUCCUUUGAUGGCAUGUGAUUUAAUGGACGGUCGUGAUGCCUUCCUAACACUUGCACGGGACAAGCAUCUGGAGUUUUCUUCACUACGACGUUCCAAAUGGAGCACUAUGUGCAUGCUGGUGGAAUUACACAACCAAAGCCAGGAUCGUUUUGUCUAUACCUGCAAUGAGUGCAAGCACCAUGUCGAAACUCGAUUCCAUUGCACUGUAUGUGAGGACUAUGACCUCUGCGUCAACUGUUACAACACAAAAGGUCACGAGCACAAGAUGGAAAAACUGGGCCUGGGUUUGGAUGAUGAAAGCAACAGCCAGGCUGCUUCCUCAAUGCAGAAUCCUGGAGACUCACGUCGUCUCAGUAUCCAGAGGUGCAUCCAGUCUCUGGUGCAUGCUUGCCAGUGCCGCAAUGCCAACUGCUCUCUUCCAUCUUGCCAGAAAAUGAAACGUGUUGUUCAGCAUACAAAGGGCUGCAAACGCAAAACAAAUGGUGGUUGUCCUAUCUGCAAGCAGCUAAUUGCACUCUGUUGUUACCAUGCAAAACACUGCCAAGAGAACAAGUGCCCUGUGCCAUUCUGCCUCAACAUCAAGCAGAAAUUGCGGCAGCAACAGCUCCAGCACAGGCUACAGCAGGCUCAGAUGGUGCGCAGAAGAAUGGCCAGCAUGCAAAGGACAGGCCUGCAGCUACCAGGAGGCAAUGGUGGGCUGCCAUCUCCUGGGAGUAAUAGUACUACUGGACCCAGCACGCCAACACCCAGCACUCAGCCCCCUACCCCACAGACACCCACUCAGCAAUGCCAGCCUCCUGUGCCACAGCCUGGGGUUGGAGGUGUUCCAUCUCAGCAGCCACAGCAAUUGGCAGGGAUGGCGCAUCAGUACCAGCAAAUGCCUGGAGGUGGUGGGAUAAUGAACUCCCCACAGCAGCCCUUGAUACCACAACAGCAGCAACAACCAACAUCAGUUCAGCAGCUUCAGCAUCCCAACAACCUUCCUCCAUAUGUACAAAGACCUCCUGGAUCCUCUCAAAUUUCCCAGUCCAUGGGAAAUCCAGGCAUUGGGCCGGGCGGCUUCCCUCAACAGCAACAGCCAAACCUAGGACAGCCUGUUAUGCCGCAACAUCAGCAACCUGGUCCCCCACCUGCUGCAGUAGAAAUUGCCAUGAAGAUUCAACGAGUGGCAGAGACCCAAAGGCAAAUGGCUCAGCAGAAGAUCCUGCAAAGAAACCAGGGACCAGGGAUGAUACCUCCACAUGGCAUGCAUCAGGGUCCACAAACUCAAGGCCAGAUGGGCAUAAACAUUCCUGGGUCUGGAAUGGUUGGACCUCAGGGAAUGCCAUCCCAGGCACAAGCGGCAGUGGCUCGAGCUCACAUAGAACAGCAGCAGGGAAUGAUUACAGCAGGCAUGCAACAGCAGUCUGGACCUCAGGCUCAGCUCCCUCAAGUCCAGUUGCAGCAAGCCCAGCAAGGAGGACCUCAAGUUCAGGCUCCACAGCAGCAGUGGGUGGGUCCUGGCAUGCCUCCUCAGCAGAGACCUGGAUUAAUGAACCAAAUGGGUCUGCAAGGAAUGGCUGCACCCCAGCAACACCAGCAGAUGGUUGGUCAACAGCAGCAGCAAGGGCAUUCAGGUCUAAUGGGUAUGUUGAGUGGCCAAGGAGGGGCUGCUCCAGCAGGCACUGGCACUGCAAAUCAUUCUCAGGCUGCCUUACAGGAACUCCUAAGAACCUUAAGAUUACCUAGCUCUCCCCAUCAGCAACAACAAGUCCUGAAUAUUCUACGUUCAAAUCCUCAGCUCAUGGCAACCUUCAUCCGGCAACGGGUUCCCAGGUACCUUGGUCGAGGUGGGCCUGGAACAGGAGGUGCAGGUGUUGCAGCAGGACCCGGUGGAGGUCCAGGAGUCAUUGAUGGCCAGCAAUUGAAUGUAAAUCCUGGGGCAGCUCAGGCAGGUAUGCAUAUGACACAGGGAACUGGCAUGCCGAUGAAUCAGCUGCAGCAGCAGCAGCAACAGCAGCAACAACAACAACAACAACAACAACAACAACAACAGCAGCAGCAACAACAACAGCGGUCUAUGAUGGGUGGCAGUUUGCAGCAACAACAGCAAAUGGUGGCUUUACAACAGCAACAACAGCAGCAACAACAAGGUGUUAUGGCCAGUCAGGGCACCAACAUGUCUAACAUUUCCCCCCAGUUCAGAGAGUUGAUGAGGAGGCAUUUGCUGCAGCAACAACAACAACAGCAGCAGCAACAUGUGGGAAACCAUGCUCAGUUUCAGCAUCCUCAACCACCUCAGCAGCAGGGCUAUCUUGGCCAAUCUGGAAUGCCUCCACAGCAGCCUGGCCAACCUCAGUCUGGUGGUCUCCAGCAGCAACAAGGAGGUACCCAUUCUGGGACACAGCAGAACUAUUCUGGGUCUGUGUCCCAUCAGCAGGUUGCAGCUCUUCAACAGAGGUUGCAGCACCAGCAACUCCAGAUGCAGCAACAGCAGCAGCAGAAUGCUAUGGCUGGGCUCCCAGCUGCUGAUGGAGGUCCUGGAGGUGGUGGUCCCCUCCAUCAGCAGCAGAUGCAAUCUGCUCAAAUUGGUUCACAACCCUCAGCCAUGCUUUUGCAGCAAAGGCUCCUCCAGCAACAACAGUCACACCGAGGAGCAGGAUCUCCUGCUCAGCACAACAAUCCCAUGAGCCCUCAGCAGCCACAGCAACAAAUGUCCCAGUCUCCCCACUUGCAGGGUCAACAGUUGCCCACUUCCCUAAGCAACCAAGUCCGCUCACCCCAGCCAUCACCUCGUCCCCAGUCUCAGCCACCAAAUUCUUGUCCAUCUCCUCGCAUGCAGCCCCAGCCAUCACCCCAUCGCAUCUCUCCCCAGACAGGGUCCCCUCACCCAGGCCAUCUUCCUCCGCACCACACUGGCAUGGUUGCUCCUCCACCUCCACAACAACAGCAGCAGCCAUCUCAGCAGCAGCAACAGGCUAAUGCUAUGGACCAAGGCCCAUUUGGAGCAGACCAAAAUGCCAUGCUUUCACAGCUAGGUGGAAUGGGAGUCUUGCAUGGGCAAGGGACAAGUGACAUGCUCAAUAAUAACCAAGAAAUGGGGACAAACAUAAGUCACAACUCUUUAGACUUAAUGUAGUGUUGCAGUGCUCCAAGAACUGUACUGAUUGCCAGGGGUUGGUUGCAGAUUGAAUCUAGGGUUUACAAUGGAUGUCAUCAAUAGUAUUAUUAUUAUUAUUUAAUAUUUUUCUUAUGUAAUUGAAAAUAACUGAACUUCCUAUGGGAGAUACUACAUGUGCAAGUCAACAAAUUAAAUUAAAUGAAUGGUAAGUUAUUGAUGUUAAUAUACAGUAUAUUGCCAAUUGUGUAAAAAGGGUUUUGGGUUAAAGGAUGGGAAAUAUUUCCUCUUGGUAUAUGACCAGAAUUUUUUGGGGGUUGAAGAUGUCUGCCUUUUAUAGAUAUUUUUUAAGAUUUUAAAAGUGGCAUGAAAUUAAAAAGCAAAAUGAGUAAACAAAAAUGACUGUUUUGUUUUCUUUUUCCUCUAAACAGUCAAGAAUAUCUGGUCCAUUUUGGAGAAUAUUAGAUUUAUUCUCACCAAUGUAAUGAUUUUCAUAAUGGAAUUGGUAAUAACGGUUAUUUAUUACUCGGCUUUUUUGGUUGGCUAACAGACAUUUUCUUGUUCUUUUGUUUUGAAGUUUAUGGCAUAUGCUAUUUGAAACUUCUACAGUUCACAAAGAGUAUAUUUUUGUUAAUGAUAGAACCUGACUAUAAAUGGAUGAAUAUAUAUAUUCUUAUUCUACUUUUUGUAAUUUUUUUUAUUUUUAUUUUUUGUUUUUUGAGGAUGGGGCUCAAAUUAAGAUUUGAUAGUGUCUGGGAAUAAGUAGGUGUUUUUGAUGGCUUGUUGCAUGGGAAACAUCUGUCCUCUUAUGCAUGUCAGUUUUCCCACCCUCAUACACCUUUUCUCAUGAAUGUCUUCUCACUAUGCCCUCAACAAUGGAAACAUGAAAGUACUGAUGACACUACAGGUGUGCUCUCAUAGAACAGUGCAGUGAUAUCUGCUAAGAAGAUUGGUGUGGUUGUGGAUUUUGCAAAUAAUCACCUUUAACUAUCCUCUGAUGCUGUCACACUCUUUCCUCCCUGUCGCCCCGGGAAGGAAGUGUUAUUCUGUCUCCCAUGAAUCUCUAGUGUUCUAAACUUUGGGAUUUAAGUGAUGUUCUUGUUGUAUAAAAUAAAUUACUGAAAAUGGUCUUUGUAAAAAUACUAAUAAUAAAAUAUAUAUGUAAAUGGA